AUGUUCUCUCCCGCAACCAUUGCCUUUGCGGUAGCUGCAGUUGUCUUUGCUCUCAGUGGAUUCCUCUCCAAUGGCUUUAUAGCUGCAGUAAUACUCAGGGAAUGGACCAAAUCCAGGAGCCUUGCUUCCAAUGAACAACUCCUUCUGAGCUUGGCUGCAUCCAAUUUCUGGGCCACAGCAUUGCUGAGUCCAUUUUACAUCAAUGCCACCUUAAGGGAUUACAGCAUCAGCGAGAUUUUCCUGUUGCCAGGACUCUACCUUCUUGCUACUUUUGUCAUAAUGUCCAGAUUCUGGUUCACUGCCUGGCUAUGCUUCUUCUAUUGCAUCAAGAUAGUAAACAGCACCCACUUUCUCUUCCUCUGGUGCAAACUGAGGAUACUGUGGCUAAUACCCAGGUUUCUAGCAGGAUCUCUGUUCUGCUCUUUUCUUUUUUCUUUGUUUGUGUUACAGAUUACUUCCAGACAAGCCAAAAGCAACAUAACAGUGAAUAUUACAAACACAACUGAAGUGAAGUCACUGAAGCAUACAGUCAAUACCUUUGAAGCCUUCUUUUUAGCUGUUGGUUCUGGUUGUCCUCUUCUUGUGGUUCUACUUUGCUCCAUCCUAGUCGUUGCCUCACUUUGCAGGCAUGUCUGCCGGAUUGCAGGUAAAGACUCUCAUGGCAGGAAUCUCCAAACCGAAGCUCACAUCAAAGCAGCCUGGACAGUGCUCUCCCUCCUGCUCCUUUACGUAUCAUAUUAUGCAGCACAGACACUGUCUAUUGUUGUGACAUUGGGAAAAGAUGACGGGACCUUGGUGGCAAUGGUGAGAAUGGUGUACCCCUCUGCCCAGGCUUCCAUCUUGAUGCUGGUUAACCCCAAGCUAAAGCAAGCAGCUAUGCAGAUGCUUCAAAGAGCCAAGGUGUGAUGUUCACCCAAAGAUAUAUUCCUGGAAUGAUUAGAUGGGAAAAAAAUAACCGAUGUGGGGGUAGACAUAGAGCAAAACUGUGGUACAGACACAGAUUUUUGUAAAACUCUGGCCACUGUUCUUUGCAAAGGAAGGAAGAUUUUAACUGGGAGAAACUGAAGACUUGCUCAAAACGUUAGCAUCAGAGAGUGGGGUGGGACAAUGAUUCCAAUGGGAAACAUAGCAACAACUAAAAAUUAAAUCCUUCUGUCACCUGCCUCAACUCUUCUCCAGUUCUGAGGUUCCUGUAUCUGCAAAAUACCUUUUAAAUAUAAUGUACAUGAUGGGAGCCAGUGUGGUGUAGUGAUUAUGACUGUGAAAACCAGAUUUCAAUUCUCUGCUUCACACUGGGAAUCCACCAGGAGACCUUGGGUGGGUCACACACAUUCAGCAUCCAGAAAAUACAAUGAUAGUGUCAUCUUAUGUCAGAAAUCUUUCUAACACAU